GUGGUGCGGCAGCAGCGUUUCGCGAUCGUUCUAUCUACCAGUUUAUUUGUAAACACUAGACCGGGACCGUGAGAAAGAUGGACGCGUACGACGUACAUCGGCGGAACUGGGAGGAACUGGACGUGACGAGAGAGGAGUUGAACAACUUGACCGAGUGCCUGAAGAAGGAGGAGUUUCGUAAACUGUUGAUCGAGUACGUGGAGGAGGUGACCGACCCGAAGAACGUGGAGGUCUAUCAGAACGAGAUCACGCAGCUCGAGAAGAAACGGGGCGUCGACGUGACGUUCAUCUCGCCGCGGCCGAGUUACGUCAUAAAAACCAGCGUGAACGGCGAUCGAAAAUGCUUCAUAAACGUUUGCACCAGUGAGCACGUACAGCCGUCGUUCGAGCAAGGUGAUCGCGGACAGUGGUCAAUCCCGCACAUGUUGACACCACCACGCGAUGACCUUGACAAAAAGAAUGUGCGUUGCAAAGUCUUCGACGUGAUAUUUCACCCUGACACGAUUUUUCUAUUUUUGAAGCACGCCAAGCUUCGCAAGCUAAUCAACGACACGGCUAUGGACGGCGUGGAGAAUAAUUUCAACGUCAAACUAGAUAGACAGAACAUCAAGUUCCCGCACAUAAGAUACAAGGGAGUGUGUCAUCCUACUGUGAUCAGAAAGCCAUCCAAGGACCUGCCUGAGAAGGAACUGGACAUAGAGCCGGAGAUCUAUCAGAAACUGAUGGCCAGUUACGACGAGAGCAGGCAGCAACAGUUCAAGCGUACGGAGAAGGUGCCAAAGCGUUCGCCGCCUACCAAGUAUUACAACAAGAAACUAGUGGACAAGGACCAGGUAGGCGUUACCAAAUUUGUCACGCCAAAGUUUACCAUAAAGUAUCGAACCAACGUGGAGCUGGAGGACUUUGGCACCAGUAGAUAUGCGAAAAUGAACGCCACAGUACCCAAGGCACUGAUCGUUACCGUGGACCUGCCCUUGCUGAAAACUGCCACCGACGCUUCCUUAGACGUGCAAGAACGUUUUCUCAGCGUGAAGAGCGUCAAGCCUGCAAAGUAUCUGCUGAAGCUUCCUUUGCCUUAUCGCGUGGACGGGGACAGUGGUAACGCCAAGUUUGAUCAGAAGCACAAGAAGCUCGUUGUCACACUGCCAGUUAUCGAGCCAACGAUACCGAUCUACUCGACGAGCAGCACCAAGGAGGACGAUGAUGAAGCUCGUGGCAGUGAUGGUAAUUCAGCGGAAGAUUCAAGUAGCCCGAGUCAAGUGAUAGGGGACAGUAGCUCUACGUCCAAGUUGAUGGAAGAGUGUGAAACAGUGUUCGCAGCCACGAAAAUUGAACAGGAGAGUGAAAAUGUAGAGGACUCGAUUGACACUACGCUAAGGACUACUAGCGCGGAAAACGCGUGCACGUUUCUAGAUACUAGUACUAAGUAUUCACUGCCAACGUUCACCUGUAAUAUAUAUAAGAAACAAUUCACGAUCACCGUAAAUGUCAAGAACGUCGACCCGAAUUCCAUACGCUAUAGAAUUUUGCAGAAUAACGUAGGGAUGCACGCUUCACUAACAUCCGUAGGCGCGGGAUUCUUUCCUCAGCACUACUCGCUGUGUUUCAAAAUUGUCGAGAAUUCCUUCAUUCCCGAAACGUUCAAGGUCGAUCCGUGGGACAACAACGUCGUAUUCAGCAUCACGUUGAAAACUAUGAACGACGUGACGCGGUACUACGUUGGUCUAGACGAAGAGUUCAUGGAAGAGAAACACUUCCCUAAUAACGCAGCUUUGAGGGAACUAAUAAGAGACUUGAUAGAUGGGGAAGACGACGAUAAUGACGUAUGUCCAGAGGAUGAAGGUAUCGUUAUAAACAUCGCUCCCAAUCAAUUAGAUACGGAUGACGAGGUUGAACGACACAGUACGACGUCGAUCGAAGAACAACCGAAUCUCUGUCAUACUAUGUCAAAGAACAGAUCUGUUUCAGAGAGCAGCGGGGACGAACUGACAAGUAAUAACAUAACAGGCUCAUUCCCGAAAAGUAUAUUGAGAUCUCAACGCAACCGUAAUCUUUCGCGUUCAGUAUCCGAGUCCAGCGCCGACGAAAACGGAACUGCUGCAUCGUCCGUCGAGUGCCACUACGACUCGAUACAGGAUUUCGAAUCAGACUCGGCCAGCUUGAAAAAAACCGUACGAUUUAACGACGUAGUAUCGCGACAAUUAUUCAGAUCUAAUUCUAGUAUCCUCGGUCAACGUAAAAAGAAUCAACGUAAAUUGCGCAACAAGAGGCGCGCUCACGAGCGUAAAAUGAGCGAGAGCGAGAACUCCGAAACGGAGGAGCGCGACAAGUACAAAAUAAAUCAAAAGAGCGCCGAGACGAGUAUCAAAGAAGAAACGAAUGAAAUUUACUCGAGCGAGACUCACAAGAACGAGGUUAAGGCGCAAUUUAAGAACGACCUGAUAUUCGACCUCGACAUGUAGAUUACGACCAACCCAGGCACUUUUGUGACGCGCAUGUGAUAAUUUUCGAAAGCUUUUAAAAAGCGAAUUGAAACGGUUCUCGUCCUCGUGAAUUUCUGGAAGGAAGAAAAAUUGUGGAAUGCUAUUUAUUGUUUAGAGUUGUAUGAUAAUUUCUUGAUGAAAUUAUACACCCGUACUAGAGCGCGUAGCGCAGAAAAAAGUAACUGUAGGUGUAAUAGAACUUUUUUUUUUUUUGCUCGAUACAGUUAGAAAACGUCGAUCGUAUUCUAUUAUAAUGCAGCUGGGCUCUUUAUAACGUGAAUAAACACGUUUCGCGAGAUCUACAAUUGUAGAGAUUUCUUGAAAUGUUUACACAUAAAUUGACAAAAAAGAAAAAAAAAAUUAAAUUAAAAUACAAAAAAAGAAAAAAUCAGAGAAACAAUUAUCACGCAUGGCACGUAGGUAAAAUUCUCUUUAAGAAAAAGUUAACAAAAUCUCAAUUACGAUAUUCGAGUCAAUUUAGAAGGGAGGCAAAGCUUGCAACAAAGCAUAGAAGGUAUAAUAAAAUAAUUACAAAUUAUCUUACAUCCUUCUAUAUUGAUACGCUAUUAUACGUAUAUACGGAGACUUUUUUUAAACAACUUUACAAUCGCGUUGACUCUCUAUAACUAAUAAGAAUUCCCUCGCAAGGGAAGAACGUUGUCAGUUUGUUCCAAUUAAAAAAUGUGAAAACUGAUAAUUAUUCUAAAUAAGCCAUUCAUGACGCAACAUACAAUAUGAACACAUGUGAUAUACAUGCGUUAUAGAGGGUCAACAAUCAAAUAAAAAUAAAAAAAUACAAAAUUAAGCGAAACGUUAUACAGUGUCCUAUUGUACUUGUUAUCACGCGAAAGUAAGAAUCUCCUGUAUGUUUCUCUGGCGCGAUCUAUUUUGGAUUUCAGCCGUUUCUCGCAGAAAAAAAAGUAAAGGAAAGAAAGAGAUCACGUUUUCUUGUAAAAAAAAAAAAAAAGAACCUUUCGCGGGGAAACAUCUAUUUUAUAAAGCGAAAUAUCCACGCGUGUAACGCGAUUACAUGUUUUCAAUGAUCACAAUAAUAAUCUGUGUCACGACUGCAAUAUGUAACUCCAUCGUUGGAGUAAAUAGGUGCACUUGCUUCCUUAGCGCAAACCGUUUGCCAUAUCAGUAUGCACACACGAUACGAAUACACUAGGCGUAUUUCACGCGACAGAGAAAUGGAAAUAAAACCUCACACGAUACACAUUUUAUCGAUCGAUACUGGUCGCUGAGAAAUUAAAUCCUGAAAUUAUUGGGGCGUGCUGCUAUUGUGGAGAAACGUACACAAUAUAUUUUAAACAAAUCA